AUAAAUCAACUGCUCCCUCUAACCUCCAGACUGCAGGUCCAACCAAAGUUUGAUGAGUCUGUCUCCAUGAGAGCUUCUUAAUUAGCACCCACAGAAAAGAGGGUGAAGACACAAUAGAAACUGCCGUCUUCAAAGGAGAGUCAGAGCCCUCACCGGCCAACUCUCCUCCCAACUACUCGCCACGACUGCUGGCCUUCGCCUCGCCCCCAUUGUGCCCGGUGUGAUCCCCCCAGCGCCCACCAUUAACUGCCUGAAUUGGUGGUUUCUUCAACGAUCCCCGCCUUCUCUGGUUUAUUGGGGAGUGGUUGGUUGGAUUAGUUGUUGGUGCCCAGAACACAAGCGUCCAUGGAUUGCUGACCCUGCCUGCUCUCUUUCUUGGGGAAGCGGUUGCGGCAGAGGGGGAGGGGAGAGGGAGAGGCAGAGAGGAGAAAAGAGAGUUCUUGGAGGCCUGUGUCAUGGUCUGAGCUCUGGAGACUAGAGGGGUGGACUGGUGGUCGCGUUCUUGUGCGUUCGGCUCCUGCUUCGGGCGAGGGCCGUGCGAGCAUGCCGUCGUCGUCGGCGAUGGCCGCGUCCGUCAAGCUGGGAUCAAAGCCCGACGCCUUCAGAAGGCAGGGGCAGGCAUGGUUCUGCACAACAGGACUACCAAGUGAUGUUACUGUUGAGGUUGGGGAUAUGUCUUUCCACCUUCAUAAGUUCCCUUUACUUUCCAAGAGUGCAAUCCUUGAACAGUUGAUCGAGGAGAGUUCAGACCAAGUAGAAAGCAUCAUCAAACUAAAUGAUAUCCCAGGGGGUGCAAAGUCAUUUGAGAUGGUGGCAAGGUUCUGCUAUGGAGUGAAAAUAGAACUUUCCUCUGCAAAUGUUGUCUGCCUACGCUGUGCAUCUGAGCAUCUCCAGAUGACUGAAGAAAUAUCUGAUGACAACUUGAUUGCACAGACAGAAAUGUUUCUCAAUCAAGUAGUCCUUCGUAACUGGAAAGAUUCUUUAAAGGCGCUGGAAACAUGUGAUGACCUCCUCCCUCAUGCUGAAGAUCUUCAUAUUGUGAAGAGAUGCAUCGAGUCAUUAGCAUCGAAAGCAACUACUGAUCCAAACCUGUUUGGCUGGCCCAUAAGGGAACAUGGCAUCAUGCAAAGCCCUGGUGGUAGUGUGCUGUGGAAUGGGAUUAGCACUGGUGCCAGGCCCAGAAACUUCAGUUCAGACUGGUGGUUUGAAGAUGCUUCAUCGUUGAGUUUUCCAAUGUACAAGAGAUUGAUUUCUGGUAUGGAGUCUCGACGCAUACGGCCUGAGAUUGUCGCUGGUUCUUUGACGUACUAUGCCAGGAAGUAUCUCCCAGGACUCAAUAGGCGCAAUAGCAUGGGAAUAAUGCCUCCGGCUGCUACUCUUUCUGAUAUAGAACAGAAGAACUUGCUUGAGGAGAUCGACAGACUAUUGCCUGUUCAGAAAGGUUUAGUACCUACAAAAGUCCUGCUCGGGAUGCUUCGUGUAUCCAUGAUUCUAAAAGCUAGCUCCACAUGCGUUUCCAACUUAGAGAAACGGGUUGGCAUGCAACUAGACCAGGCCAGUCUGGAAGAUCUACUGCUGCCAAAUUACUCUUACACCAUGGAAACACUGUACAAUGUGGAGUGCAUGCGCAGGAUUCUUGAGCACUUCUUGGCAAUGGACCAGGCAAAUGGCGGUGCCUCCCCAUGCAUGGAUGAUAUGAUGGCAUCACCUUCUAUAAUACCAAUCACUGCUGUUGCGAGGUUACUUGAUGGCUACCUUGCCGAGAUUGCACCGGAUGUCAAUCUGAAACCUCCAAAAUUCCAAGCUCUAGCAUCUGCCGUGCCUGAGUAUGCCCGGCCACUAGAUGAUGGCCUCUAUCGUGCCAUUGAUGUGUACUUGAAGGCACAUUCCUGGCUGUCAGAAGCUGAACGGGAGCAGCUAUGCCGGCUAAUGGACUGUCAAAAGCUCUCCCUAGAAGCAUGCACUCACGCCGCUCAGAACGAGAGGCUACCACUUCGCGUCGUCGUGCAAGUCCUCUUCUUUGAGCAGCUCCAGCUAAGAACCUCGAUCGCUGGGUGCCUGCUCGUGUCCGAUAACCUUGAAGGUUCGAGGCCACUGCGGAGCGGCAUGGCAAUGUCCGGUGAGGCUGGUGGAUGGUCCACGGCAGUCAGGGAGAACCAGGUCCUGAAAGUCGGCAUGGAUAACAUGAGGAUGCGCUUGGCCGAGCUUGAGAAGGAGUGCUCGGACAUGAGGCAGGAGAUCUCAAAGCUGGGUCGUGGCGGCAAGAGCGGCGGAGGCUGGGCUUCUCAUGUUCCGAGGAAGUUCAACCUGAAGAUGAAGCCGCAGAUGUGCAGCGCCCAGGAGGGCUCGGUCAGCGAGCAGCAGAAGAGCAUGAGCGCGAAGCUCGACAAGCUGCAGGCUAAGCUGUCGAAGCAGAAGAAGCAGCUCUCGGCAGACGCCUGAAAUACGAAACCCCCUUCGCUUGUAAUUUUAACUUCGUGUGUACUGUGUUUUAAUCGUUUUGUUUACGUAGUUCGUUUAGGUUUAAUGUGCCAAGAGGCAGCGGUUUGAGCUUGAUGUGAACAUUCCUGAUGUUUUGGGUGUUAAUUAG